AAACCCAUAAACAGUCGUCUACUUUUCAGAACGUUUCAUUUCCAGUGAUUAGAAAAUAUUUAGUAGUUAUAUUGGCAAUAGUUUUAUAUCUUUUCUACGACAUUUUACCACCCUAGCUUCACAAAACAUCCGUGCUCGAGCGAUGUUACGCUCCCUCGUCUACGCAACGAAUCGUUUGAACUUUGAAAGCUGGGCAUGAAAGCCACCUUCUCCAGACCUCUCUCCAAGUGCCUACCCAUCCAUCUUCGCCUGUGCCCCACUCUUGCUUCCUUCUUCUAUUCAAUCCAAUGCUCUCAUAUCCCAUUCUCCUUCUACUCCCGAUUGAGAGCCCGCUCCCGGGCUGGAGAUUACUCAAGUCUCCUCUCUCUCUUCGUCCAUAUAUCUAGAGAACAAGCCUUGAAGCCCGACAGACCCACCUACCUCCUCCUCCUCAAGGCGUCGGCCACACUCCCCUCCCAUCCUCUCGGACUCUCCCUUCACGGCCACAUCCUCAAAUCCGGCUUCCAAGAUGACAUCUUGGUCGCUACGGCCUUAGUUGAUAUGCUCUCAAAGUGCAGGGAUGUUGAGGGCGCUCGCAAGUUGUUUGAUCAAAUUCAUGAAAGAGAUGUCGGUGCUUGGAAUGCGAUGCUAUCCAGUUAUGCUCGUAAUGGGUAUGCGGAUGCGGCGCUAUCUUUGUUUUCCUGGAUGGGUUGUUGUGGCACGAAGCCCAAUUCACUGACGCUCUCGAUUUUGCUUCAGGUGCGCUGCGGGUUCGGAGAUGAGAGGCUCGGGAGGUCCAUUCAUGCUUAUGCUGUUCGGCAGCAUGAGCUUGCUGGCAGUUUCUUGGGGAAUUCUCUUAUUGUUUACUAUAACAAGGCUGGCGAGUUUCAUAUUUCCAAGAGGAUUUUUGAUAGAAUGCCACGAAGAGACAUUGUGUCUUGGAAUGCAAUGAUAUCGGGGUACAUGCAAAGUGGAAAUGGAUGGAGAGCUCUGGAAAUGUUUCAUCUACUGAGGGAGCAAGGGCUGUGUCCGGACCUUGUCACCCUCGAGACAGCGCUGCAGGCAUGUGCUCAGAUAGGAAAAGAUGCUUUCCAUGAUGGGCAGUUGAUCCAUGCACUUUUGGUUAAGAUGGGAAUCGCCAUGGAUGUUUACGCUGAGAAUACUCUGCUUCUGAUGUACUGCAAGUGUGGAAAGGUGGAGUCAGGGCAGUCUUUGUUUGAUAAGAUGCAAGAGAGAAACGUGGUCUCUUGGAAUAUUCUAGUGAAUGGUUAUUCUCAGAUCAAGUGUCCUGAGAAAGUUCUGGCCUUGAUUCGUUGCAUGCGUUUUAUUGAGCUUGAACUAAAUUCUCAACUGCUGGUGAGUGCUUUACAAGCUAUCAGGCUAUUGGGAGGGUGUAUAAAACAUGUUAUAUGUCUCCAUUGCCUCAUUAUAGUUAUGGGAUUUGAUUCUGAUAUUUUUGUCUCUAGUUCCCUUAUUGCUGCUUAUGGUGACUGCUCUGAACUUGAAUUUGCUCACAGAAUCUUAGAUUGCGUGGUAUCUGAAAGGAGUGAUGCCACUGUUUGCUGGAACACCAUGCUUUCACUAUAUGCCCACCAUGGUUAUUUCUCUGAAGCAGUAGAACUCCUUGGCUGCAUGCUAAACAAGGCAUGCAUGUUAGAUGCUGUCACCCUUGUGAGUACCCUGUCUGUUUGUACCCAACAAUUAAAUUUGAGCUUGGGUAAAGCUAUUCAUGGAUACGUAAUCAGGAAUAAGUUUGAGUCUGAUGUUUUUGUUGGGACAUCAUUAAUAGACAUGUAUGCUAAGUGUGGACUUUUAAAUGCUGCUUGCUGGUUGUUUUCAAGAAUGCCAUGUCGGAAUAUAGUGACAUGGAACACAAUGAUACAUGUUUGUCAUGAGAAUGGCUUUCCCAGGGCAUCAUUGCAGCUUUUCCAUCUUAUGCAGCAGCAUGAUGGUCCCAUACUAGAUGCAACAACUGUUGUGGGAGUUAUAGAAGCCAUUGCUCAGAGAGGGUAUGAUAGUGAAAGGAACUACAUUCACAAAUUUGCGAUCGAAACUGGUCUCAGUAGUGAUGAGUUCAUUGCUAAUUCCCUUAUAUCUAUGCAUGCAAGAUUAGGUGAUGUUGACAAGGCAAGUGCAGUGUUUAAUAGCGCUAGCAAAGUCGGAACAGCUACCUGGAAUACAAUGAUUGCGGAGUAUUCUUGUCGUGGCCUAGUGGACAAGGCUAUAUCAGUUUUUCAUGCGAUGAAGCUAAACAAUGUAGCGCCAGACUCGAUCACACUGCUCUGUGUUCUUCGGGUCUCCGCAAGUCUUGGUUCAUUGAAUUGCAUUAUGUGGCUUCAUGCAAUCAUAAUGAAAGCUGGGUAUGAAUCUGAUCUAUUUGUUGGAACUUCACUGCUAGAUGUAUAUGCAAAGUGUGGUGACUUAAGCUUGGCUAGAUUGAUAUUUGAUAACAUGAACUCUAAGACAGAAGUAUCUUGGAAUUCCAUGAUUCAGGGCUAUGGCAUGCAUGGACAUGCAGGGGAAGUUGGCAAACUCUUUUCCCAAAUGCAGCAGUCAGGGCUAAAUCCUAAUACGGUUACUUUUCUCAUACUUAUAUCAGCCUGUAGCCAUGCUAGAGAUGUAGAGAAGGGCCGGCACUAUUUUGAUCUGAUGACUUGUGCUUACUCAUUCUUGACACGGAGAGAGCAUUAUGCAGCCUAUAUUGACCUUCUUAGCCGUGGCAGACUAAUUAAAGAGGCAUAUGAAGCUUUGGAGAAAAUGCCGAUAAAUCCAGGGGCAGAUGCUUGGGGUGCCUUACUGGGGGCUUGCCGGAUUCAUGGAAAUUUGGAAGUAGGGCUGGCAGCAGCUAAAAAACUGUUUGAGUUGGAUCCUUUGCAUUGUGGAUACCAUGUGCUAUUGUCAAACAUGUGUAUGGAGGCUGGAAGAUGGACUGACGCAUCUGAAAUCAGAAGAAAAGUUGAUAAAAUGGGACUCAAGAAAGUGCUGGGCUGGAGCAAGGUUGAGAGUAUUUAAUGACUUGCAAGAGAAGAAUAGGAGAGGUUGCUUUGCAGAUUGGAUCAAGAUUAAGCAAAUUCUUGCAUUUUCUAAUGCAGAUACAGAAGUAAUAGAAGGAAUUUUCUGGAAAAUGGACUCAACAAAGUACAGAUUUGGAGCAUGGUCAGGGCCUUCCUGCGACUGAUGAAAAUGUACGUCUGGGGUUAUAUCAACUACAAAUUCCUCGAUUUUACGCCCCUGCAUCCUUAUGAUGACUUCUCUAAAAUUUUACAGUUUCUUUGAGACUAGUUGCUGCUCAUUUCUGGAUUGGAAAUGAAGCGGAUGGUAAUUGCCUCUAAAACCAGAGAUCCUACGCUGAAGAUCGCUGCAUGACUACAAGAAGAGAUGACAUUAUUUUAUAGGUAAGUCCCAAGCACAUCACAUGCCAACUUGUGGCGCUAUCAAAUUGAAACACCACUGUGCAGCAUACCAUGCCAUAUGACACACAUCAAGCAGCACAAUCACCAGUGUGAGACAAGAAUUCUAUGCAUCGGUGUGAAUUGACCAGAAGUGGCCCAUAUCAUAUUGCUUCCAGGAUAUGUGAAGCUAGAGGCGACCAGACUGAAUUCUUCUUUUGCAUCCUACACAGAGGCUACGCAGGGCAUGGUAUGGGUCCGCUCAUAUUUCGCUGCAGAAUGUUCUAACCAUGAUGCCAGCUGGAAAUAUAUUGGCUCGUUAUUGUGUGUUGGAUUUGCUUAAAGCGGUAAAUCACCACUUUUGAGUCAUCACUCUAGACUGAUUGCUGCUCGGGGAUGGAGCACCGUCGGAUUGACAGCUGUUGGGGGGAGCUCAGAGCAGCAUGGGAGGGCAUCACCUAUGCGAGACAGGUGUUGCAGGCUAAGCAUAUCCUUCUGGAGGGGGACUCAGCGACGGUGAUUGACUGGAUAUGGGGUGAGGGGCGGAGAGGGAUAAUAACCCUCUGCUUUGUGAUAUCCGAUAGUUGGCAGCGGACUGUAGCGCCUUUCGAGCCAUACAUAUGUACCGCAAGACGAACAUGGCCACGGACUAGAUCGCCACAUAUGUAGCCCAGCACUCCGGAGCUACAGUUGAGGGAUGCCCCUCCAAUGCUGUGUCAUUUUCUCUUUCUUGACUCUAUUGGUUGUGCGCACGCUAGAGUAGUGUGAGCAGCUAUUAUAUCAAAAAAAAAAAAAAAAGAAGAAGAAAAGGAAAAGGGAAAGAAAGCUACGAUUCUGGAAUUUCUUUAUCCAUGUAUGCUAUAAAGGUAUGAAUACCACUUAUGUCAGCUAUAUUCAGCCACUUGACGUUUGAACCUCGAAAGAUAGCUCAAAAUUCCUCUCUAGUCUCUCCAACACACUGGAAUCUUCCCCUGUCCCAACUCGAACUAAGAAUGAUCUGUAUUUCAAUCACGACAGUCCAUAAUUGAUGCGAUGACAGUCCUAGUCGGAACGGAAGAGGAUCCCCUGUCCCAACUUGAACUAAGAAUGGUCUGUAUUUCAAUCACGACCGUCCAUAAUUGACGCCAUGAUUUAGUCAAGUCGGAACGGAAGAGGAUCCAAGUCCCUCUAAACCGGUGUUGGAGAUUUUAAUUCAAAUCGUUCGCCGUAGGCACAGAUGUAUCCCAUCAACUAAAACGGUAGCUGAGUAUGUCUUAGAAAUCAACUAUCGAAUCUUAAGCGACACUUACAGGGUUGACACGUCGAACGUACGGCUUUUCAGCUUCUUAGGCAACUAGAAGCCUCCUCCCUCCGUCUUCUAAGUUAUUAACUACAACACAAUCAUUCUAGAUCGAUGGAGCCAGAAAUAAUCUGGGAUACGUGCAGG